GGGGACAUGAAACACUGUGUAUGUUUUCCUUUUUUCCACAGGCAUCUGUUGUGGCUGAGCAGUUCUUACAAGCACAGUUGUAAUCCUGAUACUGCCUAACGUACAUGACAGCAGCAAGAAAGAGAGCUCAGCUAGUCCUUCUCAGCAGCUCACCUCGUCUGCAGACAUGAAUGACAUCAAGUUGGCUCUGCUGGGCAGCGAGGGAGCAGGGAAGUCAGCUGUUCUGGUAAGGUUCCUGACAAAACGUUUCAUUGGAGAGUAUGCCUCCAACGCCAACUCCUUAUACCAUAAAAGACUCUCCAUCGAAGGAAGACUGUUACACUUGGAAGUAUUUGAUCCGUGUUCACAGAGUGGAGAGAGCAAAUGUAUCCUGGAAGAGCCGGUGGAGUGGGCCGAUGGAUUUAUCGUGGUGUACAACAUCAGCGACCAAAUGUCCUUCCUCAACGCCCAAAAUAUCCUAUGUCAGAUCAAAGAAGCCCGUGGAGAGCGCUGCAAGGGAGAGAUGGACAAGAUGGACAUCCCAAUCUGCCUGGUGGGGAACAAGCAGGACCUGUGCCACGCCCGUCAGGUGUUUGAGGAGGAGGGUUAUGCUUUGGCUCAGGAGCACAGAUGCCAUUUCCAGGAGGUUUCUGCAGCAGAGGACUACCUGGAGAUAUCCAACCUCUUCACCAAGCUCAUCCGCCACGUCAUGGAUCACCUGAAGUACCGGGCCGACCUCCACCGCUACAGUGGCUCUAAGUCCAUAGCCAAGCUCAUCAACAAUGUCUUCGGCAAGAGGAGGAAAUCUGUCUGAAGGUGGGGGUGCUCAUGUGGACGUUGAUGGGAUGUUUGAUCGGGAUGACUUGUGUUUAUAUAUUGUGGACACCUGGGCUGUUGAUUCUGAUGAACACUUAUUGUGAUAGGGACAGGGACAGCGCUGUAAGUUUGAAUGACAUACGUCAUAGUCCAGACUUUACAGUGGUAGAAAAAGUACUCAAAUGUCAUACUUGAGUAGAAGUGAAAGUCACCCAGUAAAAUACUACUUGAG